UUGCUGAAAUAUCUGAAAAUUUGGUCGGAUACAGAUCUGAAAAUAAUUUUGUCCAUCCAUCCAAAAUACUUACGUAGGAUAUUUAAAUUGGUUGCUAGAAUAUCAAAAUUUUUAAUAUUAUCAUCAUAUUUAAGUCUACGCAAUAAUUUUGAUAGCCCAAUAAAAUUAUCGAUCAAAUUCUUAUAUACUUCGGCAAAAUCGUUCUUUCGGUGCAGAUCGUAAUAUUAAUGGAAUGUAAUCUUUUUUACCUUUUUUCAAUUAUUUAUCAAAGCAACAAUGAUAUCCUAUUCGUGAACAACUUCGUGAAUCGAUUUUCCUUUUCGACUCAGGUUCUUACUAUACUUUCUUUUAUCAAGACAUUUAAAAUCGAGCAUACAAUGAGAGCAAAAUGAGAGCGAAAUGAAAACGGCAAUGAUGCUUUCAAAAAUUUUAAGAAAGACUUGACUCUUUAACUUUCCUCGACUCGACCCGAGAAUUGACGAUUGAAAUUGAACGUCGCUCGGCCUCGGCCUCGGCGCGGGCCUUGCUCGCGCGCACAUUUGCCUAAAAUUGAGAUUAAUGUCGUGUGUUUUUUUUCCGAUGCUCUGAUUGCAGCCUCGGGAGGGGGUGGUUCGAUGUUGGUCCCUCCCGUGGCCCAAGGUGGGACCGGGGAUCGUCCCGUGGGGGACACGGUGGCACGGGCUCAGCAGACAACCGGCCCCGCUGCCGCUACGACGACCCUAUGGCCUUUAGCACCUGCGCAGCCCAAUCAGGUUCCCAAUCAACAGUCCCAGGGCAUACCACCUCUGGCCGCUACGCCUGCGCCCGCUCACAAUCAAGGUGUGAAUCGCUACGGAUCGCUGUACUCGUUAUUCACAGGGGGUGGCGGGGGCCCUUACGUCACCGCCACCCCCAGUACCCCCGAGCAACCGAUGCCAGCGCGGGCUUAUCACGCGACGACGCAUAAGGUUUCAGAGAGCGUGUUUUCCGCGGCGGUCGGGGUUGGGGUGGGUGGCUACACCUGGGGCGCUCCCACGCCCCCGCCGGGAUCACCCUACAGCCCCGUGCCCGUGACACAGCUGGAGCUGCUGGAAAAUUUGGCAAGCCUGGCGCCCGCAGCCGCCGCGGGUCAGCAGGCCCUGAGCCUGCAGGGUGUCGGCGUUAACGUGGCGGGUAGUCUGCAUCACGCGCAGCACACGCAGCACACGCAGCACACGCUCAACCUCACCGGAAUCCACCAUCUGCAUCACGGUGGCCUCCAUCAGAAUACGUUCCCGCCUCAGCUGUCCCUGGUAACCGGCAGCGCGCCAACGCUGACCAUCAACAACUUCUCGUCACCGAACUCGACCAGCAUCGCGCCGACGACGGGCGUCCUCCUGCAGGAGUAUCAGCAGCCGAUAGGCGCAACCGCGGCCGCGACAGGAUGUACCGUCACCGUGAACGGUUCGUCCUGUCUGACCAACACCAGCAGCGCGAGCAGCGGCAUGAUGGUGCACGGUGGCAGCGGCGGCGGCGGCGGUGGCAAUCAGGCGAUCGCCAGCCAGACCGCCGUUCAGGCCACCACCGCGACGAAGAAACGGGAGGCUUUCCUUUCCAGUCAAGGCCAACCGGUGAAGCUGGAGAACAAAUCGACCAGGACGUCGUGCCUCUGCAGGAACGGCAACGGGAUAGCCGUCUCUAAUGCUGGAGCCAAUCAAAUACCAAUUGGCAUUGCUGUGGGGAGGCAGCGACCGCAGCAUCAGGAGACUUCGACAUCUAUACGGAAUUUGUCCUUAAGUCAUCACACGUCGCAUCACGCGACGAGCUAUCAUCAUUUUCAACCGGACAGUCUGGGAGUAAAACGCAAUAAGGCAGAAUACGGUUCCAGUACGGCCAUGGCGGUAGGCGGCACUACCCUGGUGCACUGCGGAGGGCCUGGAGGGGAGGAUCGUGCGGCCCACCUCGCUGCCAUUCCCCCCGGGGCACUCGCGCCCUCGCUGAGCCUGAAUUCCAGUCUGAAUUCCAGCCUGAAUUCCACCCUGGGCAGCAUCGGCAGUGCACCGGCGGCCGCGGCCGAUACGGCCGCCGCUGCUUGGCCGCCCACACUGUGGCAGUAUCCGGCUACGGCGGCCGCAGCGAUGCCGACGGAGCCGGUCGGCUUCCCGCAGAUGGGUUCUGGGCUGCAAGGUGGAUUACAGUUAGUCCGCGAUCCAACGACCGGGCAUAUUCUCCUUAUUCACGCCGCGGAACAAAUGCAGCAGGCUCUGGUAUGGCCGAAUUACCCGAACCACAGCGGUAACGUUGCACCGCCGCCGCUCCUCCUGCCGCCACCUCCAUCCUCGAUACAGCUUCUGAGUGAUAUCGGCGGCGCGCGAUUAGUGCUGACUGAGAACAAAAGAAAACAACAAAGCGCGCUGCCGAUAGUAAAGAUCGAGACGGAAUGCAGCAACAGUCCAACCGCUAUAAUCACGUCCACCGAGUCGUCGAAGACCGCCCUGCAGACGAUGACGUCCAUGACGGGUGCUCUGGUACCGGACGCAGCCCUGGUCACCACCCUGCAUUAUUACCCUCAGGCGCCGGCGCUCGUGCAAAUCAGCCAGGCCGAGCCUACCACGCACUGCAGGUCGCAGGCCACGUCACCGGUUUCGUGUCUGACGCCACCCCCGGAAAUAUCGGCGACGAUUCAUGCGAUCGAGCCAUCGUCCUUCGGGGUUCAGGAUGCCUCGAAUCAAACCGACGCGCCCGAGGACGCCGAGGAGCAAAAGCAGGAGGCUCUCGUGAAACAGGAGCAGAACCUGAGUCCCUGUCAGGUCACGUCUCAGACGGGGACGAAUCUAGCCGCCGCGAAUUUCGAGAUCGUGCCGUCGCCGACGGAGAGAAUCUGCAACGUCGUCAGAAUCACGACGACCACGACCACGGUGAAUCCGACCGUGUGCGGCAUCGUAACCAAAGUAGACAAGGCGGAGAACACGAUCAUCAACAUGGCUGAUUGCGCCAAGUACUCGACGAAAGACGGGAGGAGCCUCGCGAGGGUGACCGAGCACGAGGCCCGUGUCGACGAGGAAGUUUGCAAGGACGACAAGCCAACGUCUAUCUGUAACAGGGGCGGCAGGAUCGGCGCUAGAAUCAUCGAGAUCACCGAAGAGAACUGUGAUAGCUUCCACGAGAAUCUGGAAUUUUUCGCGAGGAGAAGAGACGUAGAUCAGCGCGAUCGAGAUGAUUAUUCCAAGGAUGAGGAGAACGUGCAAGAGCCCAACAUUCAUGAAAAAGAGAUCGAUUCGAAGAUCACCGACGCCUCGGAGAACGUCGAAGUUCACCAAACGUGUCUCAAAAUGCCGGAACCACCAAGAGACGUCAAAGAAACGAAGUCAGACGUAGCCGACUCGACGGAAUCGCUGAAGGUCAAUUGCGAGAGCUGCGACAAGAACCGGAAUACCUCGAACGGCGAAACCCGGUCUCAGAUCACGGUUAAGUCUUUCGACAUGCCCAACAUUGAUUGCGACGAUCAAGACGUGCAACAAGUGGCCAUCAAGCAAGAGACUGAGGACAAUUGCUACGAAGUGUGUUACGAAUCGUCCCAGUGUGAGCCGACGUCCACCAGCGAGCGAUCCAGAUCCAGCUGCGAGAAAUCGUCGCAGGAAGCGACGAAGAGACACUCGGUGGAAAAGGCCCACCAUCCGGGCAUCGAGAACGUGGUGGAGAAGCUGAAGAAGAAUGCGGCGGCUCUGCAAGAAGCCGCGUUACCUCCAAAGAUCGAGGAAGUGAAAAAGUCGAACGUGGAGAUCGUCAAGCCGCGAAGACACUCCGAGACGAUACCGAAGAAGCUGCAUCUCCUGAGAUCUUGCCAAAACUCUCUGGAGAGUGGCAUAGUUGACACCGAGGUCUCCUCCUCGCAAACUGCAAUGUCGGAGCAACAUGCUAAAGACCAAUCGGAACGAUAUUCGCCUCAGAACAGGCAUCCGAGCGGCGACAUGUCCGCAGGCAAGUGCCUGCUUGGCGAAAAUAACAACGAUAGUAGGAGCAACAACAAUAAUAUCAGGACUUUCGAAGAUAAGAAACUGCUCGCGAAAAAUGAGAAGAAUGUUUACGAUAUUACCGCCUACGUCAAGCCCAAGACUGUCUGGCGCUGCGAAGUGCAACCACUCGGGAAGUCUAAUGCGAUUCGUAAAUCCGAUCAGGUUGAGGACGCGUCUUCGGAGACAAAAUCUAAGAUACAGAGGCAAAAGCCAGCUAUCGACGUGAGCGGUCUCGAGUUGCUAUCGAACAGCAUCGAACAGUUGGAGCAACGAGUCGGCCAGCCGGAACAUUCACAAUUGGACGCGGAUCCCGAAAAGUCAUCUGUGAGAAACAAACUGAUAAGACAGCAGAGUGAGAAUAAUAAUAAUAACGUCGGCAGUUCCCUCGGCUUGCUCUGCGCGCUGGCCGAACAGAUCAUGGAGGUGGAUGACAAGAUCCCUCGGAAAUUAAACCUCGAAAGUUCGGAGGAAAUCUCGCAUGCCGGUAGAUUACUGUUGAAUCUGGGCAGAAGCAGCUCUCUCGAGAAAAAUGAAAAUAAGAGGAAAUAUGUUGAGACCGAUGAUCACCGUUCCAAACGAUUUAAGCACGAUGAUCACGAAGAGGAGAUGAAGGAUGCGUCGCCGAAUUAUCAUGAAAAAGAUAUUCAAAGACAAACGAUGGAAAUUGAUGAGAGAAAACAAAAAGAUACUUUCUCGAAAUCGAGAGAGAGUGUUAAGAGUAUCGAUUUCGAGGUAGGAGACAAUAAGAUCGUUGAUGAGAAAGCCGUCGGUUCGGAAGGACAAUUUCUCAGAGGCGAUAAAAAUAGUUACUCCAACGCAAAGCUUGUUAAAGACCUCCAAGUUUCCUCGGACGAGGCAUUUAAUGAUAUACAAAGUACCGAUACUAUUGCGAAAGAAGAUAAUCUGUCGGACUCGGAGAGCGAAAUUUUCGAAUCGAAAAUCCUGUCCGAACGGUUGACGAGCUGCGAAAUUAAAGAUAAUAAACGUAAAUUAUCCGUCGAAGAGAGAGACACGAAAGACGUCCACGACUACAAAAACGCACGGACCAAGUUGGAAGCGAAGAAGUUCAUAGCCAGGAAAGGAAAUCGCGAUAAUGAUGACGACUGGCCGUGUAUGAACGCCACGGAACUCGACAUGAGAGCCAGGAUGGCCUAUCUUCAGAAACAAUACAAAGAGAAGCGGAAGGAGCUUUCCAAGCUGAAUUUUCCCAAGAAGGAUGACAAGAAGACCUCUGGUAGGCCACGGAAGAAGAGUCAUUCUUCUAUUAGUUCCGAUCACGGGACGCUGUCAUCACCACCUUCAUUGGAUCUUAUGAAUUCUCCGUCGCGAAAAUCACCCACGAGAUCGAUGGAAUCGCCAGAACCUAGCGCGCACUCGCCGUUAGCUUCAGCUGUUCUAGCAAUGCCGAGGUGCAACGUGAAUCUCGUAAAGCUCGGAGAACCCAGGAGUCAUAUAAAGCUUUUGGACAGCAUACCCAGUAUCCCGAUAUCAGUGCCGCCGGUGACGUCACCGAUCCCAGUGUUACCUGGUUCCAGCAAAGCAACAACAGAAGACGAUGAGAAAAGCACGGGAACGCUGGGCUACGAUACGUCAUCGCCAGCACCGACUGUCGCAAGUUCGACUUCCGCCUCCAAGAAGAGGAAAGUAGGACGACCACGAAAAUUCACGUGCACCUCGGGCAGUGCCAGACAUCUGACGGAGACAAUCGUCGCUAAGAAACCUAAGAACAAGAGUUCUCUGGUGGGAUACGUGCUAUCCUCAAAGAACAGACAUUUGCAAACGAAACAAUGUAUAAAUAACAAAACCGACUAUACCCCGUUGCCAUUUAAAUCUGGAGUCUCCUCUCCAAAGCCACAAACUAAGAUACAAAAAGUUACAAAAGCGAAAGCAGAGGCAUCGAAGCAGACUUCGCUGCACAAUAAGAAGGUCAUCAGUUCGAUCAUUGCUAAAAAAGCAAAGCUAAGUCAAGAAGUGAAAUUUGUGAAAUAUAGCGGUAAAAUAAAACCGAAACUUAAAGCGGAGGUGAUGGUAAAAAAUUGGGAGGACGACGAAAAUGACACGGUGCAAACUGAAAAUGUUUCCAAAGAACCCGCAGUUCAAAAAUCAGUCGAGGAGGCACCGAUAGAAUCUGCAGAACAGAUAGAGCCAGAGAAGGAGCCAGAGAAGGAACUAGAGAAAGAGCCAGAAAAAUCGCGACAUGAAAAGUCGAAGAAGAAGAAACGAAAGUCCAGUUCAUCGCAAUCGCCAAAUCGCGAUAAGAAGGAAUCUAAACGGCGCAAGUCCUUGGAAUGCAAGCAAUGCGCCAAGGCAGCGAAGAUUACCGAGAACAUCGUUAACCGAUGCAAGUUGACAUCUGAUCAUCUGGAUAUCGACCAAUUACGAGUGCUCAUGGCGAUGGGUGGCCUCUUCUACGCAGGCAAACUGAGCGCUGUGCAACCACCUGACGUUUAUGCUAUCACACUAGACGGUGAACGUGGAAACAAACCGCACAUUCACUCCAGAGAGGAGAUUCUCAAAGAUGCGAUUGUUGAAGUGUGUCCCACUUCAACGAAAGAGCUACCACCUGGUACGAGACUGUGCGCGUAUUGGAGCCAACAAUAUAGAUGCUUAUACCCGGGAACUUCCGUGAAGCCGAUGGUACCUGACCCGCAGCACGAUGAGAAAUUCGUCACCGUAGAAUUCGACGACGGGGACAGCGGUUUAAUUGUCUUGGACGACAUCAGACUCUUACAGCCUAAUUAUCCUGUUGUGGUAUACGAUCCGAAUCCUCUAUUGUCGUUGGGUAAACGACGACGACAGACAUCAACUUCGGAAGACAAGCAUUCGACAAGCAAUCGCACCGUUUCACCGAACAGUCAAACCAUUCUAUCAACUUCACGAAAUGUAGUAGCUAGCAACAACAGCUUUGCCACGUGUUCCUAUAUGUCCAAUGUAGAAUCGACAAAUGUCAACGAAUGUGUCGAUGCGGAGACCGAAACGAAUGUCGAAACGAGCAGUACGAGUGGUACGGAAUAUCGCAAAAAGAAACACAUGAAGAAAAUAAAAAAGAAUAGAAAGCUAUUCGAGGCACAAGAAGGCAAGAAAAAGCACAGAAAACACAAGGUCUUGUUAAGGAGGACACCCGAAAAACAAUAAACAAUUAGAAAACAAUCGGUAAGGACACAAACAAUAGACAUCAUGGCGAGACAAUUUGGGUUGAUGCCGAAUAGUAUAAGCAACCGGGAAAACAACUGGGAGCAGAAAAACGAGGGAGAAGCAAUUACAAAUUUGCCGAAUGCAAGCUUUUCCACUACCGAGGAGACGAGACUGUCCGAGGAAGAUGAUGAAACUGAAGAAUCGGUAGUGCCUGCUCAGAAAGAUAACGCGGCGCAAAUAGAACUUGAAGAACUGUCAGAAUCAGUCAGCCAGAAAGACGAUGAAGUUCGAACGAUAUCUGAAGAACCGUCGGAACCGUCUGUUCAGCAGAUUCAAGUAGAGCCUGAAGAAGAAGAGCCCAUCCAGCAGACUCAGAUAGAACCCGAAGAAUUGUCAGAACCCGAACAAGUUGAUGAGGCUCAGAUAGAACCUGAAGAUUUCUCAGAAGAUAUCCAAGCGAACGAUGAAGAACCUGAAGAACCUGAAGAACCGCCAGAAGAACCGUCGGUCGAGAAGAAGCUGAAGAAGACGUCAACGAAUCGCGCAUCGACGACUCGCGCUUCAGCAAGUCAAGUUUCUGUCAAUCGCAGCUCGAUCAGCCGUACCUCGACGAGCCAAGCGGUUCCUGCUUCAGCAAUUCGCGGUUCCACGAGUCGCGUCUCGGCGAAUCGCGUCUCGGCAAGUCGCGCAACGACGAACCGCGCCGUGACGAGAAACGCUUCGACGACACAACAAGCUUCGACGAGUACCGGCACCGCGAGUCGCGGCUCUAAGAACCGCGCCUCCAACUCGACGACCGUAGCCAACCCGUCGAAUCCCAUCGAGACUCCCAGUCCAAUAGCCCGUAUGCUGCCUAAUAAACGCCACUGGAAAUGGGCGAGCAACAGUCGCGUCUCUGGCGGCAAUCAAUAUUACACGGCUAUACGACGCGGCAGGGAGAAGAUAAAUAUAGGCGACAGCGUAUUAUUUUAUUCCUAUCGCAAACCUCACGAAAAGCCUUACAUCGGCAAAAUCGUGUCACUGUGGCUGAAUCAGAAAUCAGAAAUGAGGGUCAGGUCCCAAUGGUUUUACCGUCCAGAGGAGCUGCAACCGCCCUGCACUUUAAACCCUCCGGGCGGUCUGUUCGAAUCGAAGCAUAGCGAUUCAAACGACGUGCAAACGAUUUCUCACAAGGUAAUGGUGCUACCACUUGAAGAUUACAAUAAAAUAUUGCAAGCAUCGCACAGACAUCAAAAAGGCUACGAGGAUAACGAUCCUUACUAUUACUAUGCCGGCUUCUAUACGCAUCCAACGGUAACUUAUGCACCCGGAGUUACGGCUGUUCUAAAUGAAUGAGAACAGCUUAAGCUGACGAUUAAGUUAGCCGGAAUUACUUAAUCGCGGUCAGCUGACAACUCUGCGAAAGUUUCGAUGCGAUAACCGUUUGAAAU